AAAUCCCUUUUUGCUGAGCGAGAGCUGUGUCGGGGGGAAUUACCAGCCUUUUGCUGGAUUUCUUUUUUUCAUUUUUCAUUUUUUUAUUUCUUUUGUGUGCGGCUGCAAGAAGAAAAAAAAGGAAAAAAAAAAAAGAGGAGCUGAGGCUAUUGACUACAUCAAAGGUUAUCCAUUUGAAAACACCAUUUUCCUCUGAACAGCGGCUAAUUGCUUCCUGAACAAUCCCAGGGUCUUUUGUAUAUACUCAGUGGGUAAAAUGAGUGACUCGAUGUCUCUCUCUCAAGACACUGGUGACCGAGCAGGGCGGAAAGGUGGAGAAGCCAAGGAAAAGCAGUGGGGCAGAAGCCUCUGGGAGAAUGCAUGGAUAAUUUCUUAAGUGGCUGCAAGGAGAGAAGGUUUUUUUCUUCUAUCCGCUCGCUGCCGUGCGAUCUGCUGGUGCCGGUGGAUGCCGGUGCCGGCAGCGGUGUGGCGACACGGGGCCGUAAGGAAGGCUGGGCUGACCGGACUGGCAGUACCCACGAUGCCCUGAAUGCCGAGCGCAGCAGAAGCAGAGGAGACUGUGUCCCGUUAGCUCCUCCUCCCUCCCUCAUCCCUUUAGUUUGGGUUUGUUUCUAUUUAUUUUUUUGGCUGGGUUUGGGCAUGGCCUUGGCUGGAUGUGAGGCUGCUGCGAUGUGGCUCAUUUGGCUCAAGCACCACUUGUCCAUCCACAUUUGGACCUUGCUGCUCUUGGGGAGCACCUGGCUACCGCUGGCGGAAGGCAGCCCCAAGUCUCCCUUUAGGACUUUCCCGGUUACAGACUGGAGCUUGACGCACUUGGUGGUCCAUAACAAAACCGGGGAGGUCUACGUGGGGGCUGUCAAUCGGAUCUACAAGCUCUCCAAUAACCUCACGCUCCUGAGGACCCACGUGACGGGGCCCGUGGAGGACAAUGAGAAGUGUUACCCUCCGCCCAGCGUUCAGUCCUGCCCGCAUGGGCUGGUUACCACCAACAACGUGAACAAAUUGCUGCUGGUGGACUACUCGGGGAAUCGGCUGAUCGCCUGCGGCAGUGCCUCCCAGGGUAUUUGCCAGUUCCUGCGGCUGGACGACCUCUUCAAGUUGGGUGAGCCCCACCACCGCAAGGAGCACUACCUCUCCAGCGUCAACGAGUCAGGCACCAUGUCUGGGGUCAUCAUCGAGGUGCUGAAUGGGCAGAACAAGCUCUUUAUUGGGACGCCCAUUGAUGGGAAGUCAGAGUACUUCCCCACCCUCUCCAGCCGCAAGCUGAUGGCCAACGAGGAGAACGCAGAGAUGUUUGGCUUUGUCUACCAGGAUGAGUUUGUCUCCUCGCAGCUCAAAAUCCCCUCGGAUACACUCUCCAAGUUCCCCACCUUUGAUAUCUACUACAUCUACAGCUUCAGCAGUGAGCAGUUUGUUUACUACCUGACCCUGCAGCUGGACACCCAGCUCACCUCUCCCGACUCCACUGGGGAGCAGUUUUUCACCUCCAAGAUCGUCCGCCUCUGCGUGGACGAUCCCAAGUUCUACUCCUACGUGGAGUUCCCCAUUGGCUGCGUGCAGGACGGCAUCGAGUACCGCCUGAUCCAGGACGCCUAUCUGACCAAGCCUGGCAAGGCUUUGGCCAAAUACCUGGGCAUCUCAGAGCAGGAGGAUAUCCUCUUCACCAUCUUCUCCCAGGGCCAGAAAAACAGGGUUAAGCCUCCCAAGGAGUCUGUGCUCUGCCUCUUCACGUUGAAGAAGAUCAAGGAUAAGAUCAAGGAACGUAUCCAGUCGUGCUACAGAGGGGAAGGGAAACUCUCACUGCCCUGGCUCUUGAAUAAGGAGCUGGGCUGCAUCAACUCGCCGCUGCAGAUCGACGACAAUUUCUGUGGCCAGGAUUUUAACCAACCAUUGGGUGGGACCGUCACCAUCGAGGGGACCCCACUCUUUGUGGAUAAGGAGGAUGGGAUGACCUCAGUGGCUGCCUAUGACUACAGAGGACAAACUGUUGUCUUUGCAGGCACACGGAGUGGGAAGAUCAAAAAGAUCCUGGUGGACUUGCCAGCUGAGAGGAAGCACCAAGCUCUGCAGUAUGAGAAUGUUGUGGCCCAUGAGGGCAGCUCUAUCCUACGAGACCUGGUGCUGAGCCCCGACCGCCAGCACAUCUACGCCAUGACUGAGAAACAGGUGACUCGUGUGCCAGUGGAGAGCUGUGAGCAGUAUGAGAGCUGUGAGCUGUGCCUGGGCUCCCGGGACCCCCACUGUGGCUGGUGUGUCCUCCACAACAUAUGCUCACGCAAGGACCGGUGCGAGCGGGCGGACGAGCCCCAGCGCUUCGCCUCCGACCUGCGGCAAUGCGUCCAGCUCACCGUGCAGCCCAAGAACAUCUCGGUCACCAUGUCUGAGGUCCCGCUGGUCCUGCAGGCCUGGAAUGUCCCAGACCUCUCGGCAGGAGUCAACUGUUCCUUUGAAGACUUCACUGAAUCUGAGAGCCGCAUUGAGGAUGGGAAGAUCUACUGCAGCUCUCCCUCUGCCAAGGACGUCAUCCCCAUCACCAGGGGCCGCGGGGACAAGCGAGUGGUGAAGCUCUACCUGAAAUCCAAGGAAACGGGGAAGAAAUUUGCCUCUGUGGAUUUUGUUUUCUACAACUGCAGCGUUCAUCAAUCCUGCCUGUCCUGUGUGAACGGCUCCUUCCCCUGCCACUGGUGCAAGUACCGCCACAUCUGCACCCACAACGCUGCCGACUGCUCUUUCCUGGAGGGACGUGUCAAGUUCUCUGAGGACUGCCCACAGAUCCUGCCUUCCACCCAGAUCUACAUCCCUGUGGGUGUGGUGAAACCCAUCACCCUGACAGCCAAAAACCUGCCCCAGCCACAGUCCGGCCAGCGCAACUACGAGUGCAUCUUCCACAUCCCCGGCAGCACCACCCGUGUCACUGCCCUGCGCUUCAACAGCACCAGCAUCCAGUGCCAGAACACCUCGUAUUUCUAUGAAGGAAAUGACAUCAGCGACCUGCCCGUCAACUUGUCUGUGGUCUGGAACGGGAACUUUGUCAUUGACAACCCUCAGAACAUCCAGGCCCACCUGUACAAGUGCUCAGCCCUGCGGGAGAGCUGCGGGCUGUGCCUCAAGGCUGACCCGCGCUUCGAGUGCGGCUGGUGCGUGUCAGAGAGACGCUGCUCCCUGCGGCAGCACUGCCUGGCCUACGAGAGCAGCUGGAUGCACGCCAGCAGUGGCAACAGCCGCUGCACCGACCCCAAGAUCACCAAGUUGUUCCCUGAGACUGGCCCCAGGCAAGGAGGGACCCGUCUGACCAUCACUGGUGAGAAUCUGGGCCUGAAGUUUGAAGAUGUUCGCUGGGGUGUUCGAGUGGGCAAAGUGAUGUGCAUCCCCAUCGAGAGCGAGUACAUCAGCGCUGAGCAGAUCGUGUGUGAAAUCGGAGAUGCCAGCUCGAGCAAGGUGCAUGAGGCACGGGUGGAAGUGUGCAUCCGUGACUGCCUGCCCAACUACCGGGCCACAUCCCCCAAGAGCUUCACCUUUGUGACACCCACUUUCUCCCGUGUGGUCCCAGCCCGGGGUCCUCUCUCUGGCGGCACCUGGAUCGCCAUCGAAGGCAGCCACCUCAAUGCUGGCAGCAACGUCUCUGUGACCAUCGGGGGACAGCCCUGUGCUUUUUCAGGGAGAAGUGCCCGUGAGAUCCGGUGCAGGACCCCCCCUGGGCACACCCCCGGCGGCUCUCCCAUCCUCAUCAACAUCAACCGGGCAGAGCUGAGCAACCCGGAGGUGAAGUACAACUACACAGAGGACCCCACCAUCCAAAAGAUCGAUCCCGAAUGGAGCAUCAACAGCGGUGGGACGCUGCUGACCGUGACUGGCACCAACCUGGCCACCAUCAAAGAGCCCAGGAUCCGGGCCAAGUACUGCAGCUCUGAAAGGGAGAAUAACUGCACGGUCUACAAUGACACCACCAUGGUGUGCUAUGCACCCUCCAUUGACAACCCUGUGCGGAGCCCUCCAGAGCUCGGCGACCGCCCAGAUGAGAUCGGCUUCGUCAUGGAUAAUGUCCAGGCCCUGCUGAUCAUCAACACCACCAAUUUUGUCUACUACCCAGACCCUGUCUUUGAGCCACUCAGCCCCACAGGGAUGCUGGAGCUGAAGCCCAGCUCUCCCCUCAUCCUCAAGGGCAGGAACCUGCUCCCACCAGGUGCUGGUAACUCCCGCCUCAACUACACGGUGCUGAUUGGAGACACUCCCUGCACCCUGACUGUCUCUGAGACCCAGCUCCUCUGCGAGUCCCCCAAUCUCACUGGCCAGCACAAAGUCACGAUCAAGGCUGGAGGGUUCGAGUUCUCCCCUGGGACGCUGCAGAUUUACUCAGACAGCCUGCUGACCCUGCCUGCCAUCAUCGGGAUCGGCGGCGGGGGCGGGCUGCUCCUCCUCAUCAUCAUCAUCGUCCUCAUCGCCUACAAGCGCAAGUCCCGGGAUGCUGACCGGACCCUGAAACGCCUCCAGCUGCAGAUGGACAACCUGGAGUCCCGAGUGGCCCUGGAGUGCAAAGAGGCCUUUGCUGAGCUGCAGACUGACAUCAACGAGCUCACUAACGACCUGGACGGGGCUGGCAUCCCCUUUCUGGAUUACCGUACCUACGCCAUGCGAGUUCUCUUCCCGGGGAUAGAAGACCACCCUGUGCUGAAGGAGAUGGAGGUCCAGGCAAAUGUGGAGAAGUCCUUGACCCUCUUUGGUCAACUGCUGAACAAGAAGCACUUCUUGUUGACCUUCAUCCGCACUCUGGAGGCUCAGCGGAGCUUCUCCAUGCGGGACCGCGGCAAUGUGGCCUCCCUCAUCAUGACAGCACUGCAGGGCGAGAUGGAGUAUGCCACAGGCGUGCUGAAGCAGCUCCUCUCUGACCUUAUCGAGAAGAACCUGGAGAGUAAGAACCACCCCAAGCUGCUCUUGCGGAGAACAGAGUCAGUGGCAGAGAAGAUGCUGACGAAUUGGUUCACGUUUCUGCUGUACAAGUUUCUGAAGGAGUGUGCUGGGGAACCACUCUUCAUGCUCUACUGUGCCAUCAAGCAGCAGAUGGAGAAGGGACCCAUUGAUGCCAUCACAGGAGAGGCUCGCUACUCCCUCAGUGAGGACAAGCUUAUCCGGCAGCAGAUUGACUACAAAAUGCUGACCCUCAACUGCGUGAAUCCUGAGAAUGAGAACGCCCCGGAGAUCCCUGUCAAGGUGCUGAACUGUGACACCAUCACACAGGUGAAGGAGAAGCUGCUGGAUGCUGUCUACAAGGGUGUGCCCUAUUCCCAGCGACCCAAAGCUGGAGACAUGGACCUGGAGUGGCGGCAGGGCAGGAUGGCCCGGAUCAUACUGCAGGACGAAGAUGUCACCACAAAGAUCGACAAUGACUGGAAGAGGCUGAACACCCUGGCCCACUACCAGGUGACAGACGGCUCCUCGGUAGCCCUGGUGCCCAAGCAGAACUCAGCAUACAACAUCUCCAACUCCUCCACCUUCACCAAGUCCCUCAGCAGAUAUGAGAGCAUGCUGAGGACAGCCAGCAGCCCCGACAGCUUGCGCUCACGGACCCCCAUGAUCACCCCCGACCUGGAGAGCGGCACCAAGCUCUGGCACCUGGUGAAAAACCAUGACCACAUGGACCAGCGGGAGGGUGACCGGGGCAGCAAGAUGGUCUCAGAAAUCUACCUAACCCGUCUGUUAGCCACCAAGGGCACCUUGCAGAAGUUCGUGGAUGAUCUGUUUGAGACCAUCUUCAGCACAGCUCACCGUGGGAGUGCUCUGCCUCUCGCCAUCAAAUACAUGUUUGAUUUCCUGGAUGAACAGGCUGAUAAGCAUCAGAUCAAUGAUUAUGAUGUCAGGCACACCUGGAAGAGUAACUGUCUACCUCUACGUUUUUGGGUGAAUGUGAUUAAGAACCCCCAGUUUGUGUUCGACAUUCACAAGAACAGUAUUACUGAUGCCUGCCUAUCCGUGGUGGCUCAGACAUUCAUGGACUCCUGCUCAACUUCUGAGCACAAGCUAGGAAAAGACUCUCCCUCCAACAAACUACUGUACGCCAAGGACAUCCCCAACUACAAGAGCUGGGUAGAAAGAUAUUAUGCAGAUAUAGCUAAAAUGCCAGCGAUCAGUGACCAGGACAUGAGUGCGUACCUGGCGGAGCAGUCGCGGUUGCACCUCAGCCAGUUCAACAGUAUGAGCGCGCUGCACGAGAUCUAUUCCUACAUCACCAAGUACAAGGACGAGAUUUUAGCUGCGUUGGAGAAGGACGAGCAGGCCCGGAGGCAGCGGCUGAGGAGUAAGCUGGAGCAGGCGAUCGACACAAUGGCCUUAAGCAGCUGAGAAGGCGGCGGCGGUGCCAGCGUCCCGCGCAGUGGAGGCAGCAGGAGGGAGGGCCGGCCAGCGGCAGCCGCGGGCACAAGACUUUGGGGCUGGGACCGGCGGGACCCGCGGGAGCCUCUGCACGCUUCCCACGAACAAACAAGGAAACCUCGCGCUUUAGCGGAAAAAACUACAAACGAAUCCCGACGGCGGCAGCAACGUCGAUAGAACUCCCUGACCCACAAACAAACCCCCCCCAGUCCAACCGGGACGCAGCAGGGACCUUGUAGAGAGGCAAUGCCGGGCAGAGGAGAAGGGGGAUCGCCUGCCCCAUGGACCUGCUGGGCACCCCUUGUCUGGGCAGAGCCCCUGAGCCCACAAGGACGGAGGGUCGGGACCGCGGGGCUUUCUAGGAUGGCGUUUGGAUGUUGUUACUUUGGUGAAGGGAGGGGGGUGGGCUCCUAUUUUUACUGUACUUGACUUGCUCUCCCUUCCUUCCCCCCAGCUGUCCACCCCCUCUCCUCCUCCUCCUCCUCUCUCUUUUUCUGUCUUUUCCCCUUUCUCUCUCUCUCUCUCUCUCUGGCCUUCUGCCACUAGUGUUAACUGCUAUAUUUGCACAAUUUACACAAGACAAACAAAAUUUUUAAUUUAAAGGAAAAAAUUAUAACAAAAAAACGGGAGGGGAAAAAUAUUCUAAAUUUUUUGCAACAAACUAACAAAAAUGGUUUUCAAAGAUAAGCUAAAGGACUGAUGCUGGGGAGAUACGGGGGUGGGGGCAGUAGGGGUGGGCAGGAAAGGGAGAAAUCCCUGAGCUUUGAUAUUUCUACAAUAUGUCCUGUGCCAUGUUUUAUUUGAAUGUUGUUUAGUGCGGAAAAAAAAAAAAUUGAAGAAAAAAAAGGUGGGAGUUUUGUUAGCUGAAUAGAUGCUGUUAUUUAAAUGCUGCUGAGUGGUUCUGGAGGUCACAAGCAGAGAGGAAGGGAGAUCCCAAGGCUCGGGGUUUGUUUUUUUUUUCCUAAGGGAUUGCUGAGGGAUGGUCAGUGUUUUGUUGAUCUUGUCCUUGUUUUUCCAGUUCAGUGGCCAUGGGGUGGUCUGGGCAGUGCUGCCUGCCCCUGCUUGUCCUGGGAUGAUGGAGGGUAGAGGAUGGUUGCAGGGGCUCCUGCUGUCAGGAGGGUUGAUGGAGAGCCAACCUGGCUUUUUGGGAUGGAUUCCCUGGCACUGGAGCAGCCUUAACAAAGCCCCUUUAUGUUUAUUUUUUCCCUCAUCAUGUCUUUGUGCUGAUGUAGGGGAAGAGCCUAGAUCCUCGGGGAAAGGGGAGGCAGAUCCUCUGCACCUCCUGAUGGGGAUCCCCCUGGCAAACCCCCUGGCUUACCAGCCCGUGGAGGGACUGGGAUGAUGGCUGCCACGAGGCUGUUGCCCACUCUUCCACCUGGGAAGCCCAAAUGUGUGCAGGACCUUCCACCCAAGGUUGACCUUUCUUUCUCUGUCUUUUACUUCUUUCUCCCCCUUUCUCUCCUUGCUGUCACCCCAUCUUCCCCCUGCUGCCUCCGCCCCGACAGGGACUUCAUUGGUGACCUGAGGUCACUCCCUCAGCUGCCCCCUUCGAAAUGUCAGUUCCUCGCGGGUUUGUGCUUUCCAGAGAUGAAAAGGUGCUGAAUGCUGCCUGGAAAGGCAGCAGGAGACCAAAAACUUCCAAAAAAAUGAGCAAAACCCUUUCCUUUUCUGUACUGAGAGCUCCCGUUGCUGCCCAGGCCACAGCACACGGGGCCGCACUCUGCCAGGAGCGGGUAGCUGUCAAAAUCCAAGUGGAAAGAAGCCCAGCUGAUUUCUGUCCGUUCCCUUAAACUGCAAGUUAAGGGGGGGAGAGGGAGAAAUAAUGAAGUUUUUAAUUAAAAAAAAAAAAUAAUAAAAGUGUGUAUAUAUAUAUAUGUGGUUACAAUCUAAUUCUCGCGCCCCAGUGGGGUGCUGUAUAGUUAACUGAAGGAGAAUCGAACCGAUAUAAAUACAAGAUGAAUUUACACAGCCAGUUAAAACAAAACAAACGACAACUGCAGAAAAAAAAAAUAAAAAAAAGAUACCAAAUGGUCUGGAAGGAACUUCCAAGCCUUUCUCACCAUGCAGAACAAUCGUUUGAAGCCUGCACAUCUCUCAUUAUGUUGUAAUUUUGUUUGGUUUUGUUUUGUUUUAAUAAGGAGGGAAAGGAGAGAAGAUGCUGAUUAAAAAAAAAUGAAAAAAAAAAAAAGUCAAAAAAACCCAAUCACUACAGCAAAAAUAUGUUUGAAAAGGAAUUAAUAAUUGUUUCCCAAACCUACAAACCCUGAGCUGUCGCUGGAUUUCUGAGAGCUGUGGGCUGUUGCAUGACUGUGCUAGAUUUUAGUCUGAGUUGAUCUUUUUAAGAAACAGAAGAAAAAAACCCAUAAAACAAAAAAACUGCAAGUGUUGAAUAUUAGAGGUUUGUUUAGACCUGUUAUCUAUUUUUUUUUUUUGAAAUUAAUUUGUCACUUUCUUGUCCAAAAGAAGAAAAAAAAAGAAACAGCAAAAAGAAAGACUUCAGAGGUUCACAUCUCAAAUGUGUUACUUGGAGAGCCUUAGAGGACAGCUGUGUGCCCACCUGCCCUGUGCCAGGGCCACUGCUGGCUGCCAGCAUCUCCCUGAGUGCUCUGGUGGGACAGGACCCUCUGGGGGCCCCUUGGGGUGGUCUUUUGUAGAGUUUGCUGCUGCUGCUGCAAUGGGGUAGAGGGGUACCUGUGGCUCCCUUUGGUGCAAGAUUGGCCCAAAACUUCUUCCUUGUGGUGUUGCUGCCUGGGUGGCUUUGGUAAAGGUCGUGGAAAUCGCCUGGAGGAUGGCAGCUUUGCGUCAGUGGCCAUUGUGAUUUGGUGGAAGGGGAGUGGUUGUCUUGAGGUGUCUGUCCAGGACUGGCAUGGGUCCUACCUGUUGCAGUGGUAGGAACAUUCUUGGGGGCUUCGAUUGCUGUUGAGGGAGCCAAACUCAUAUUUUUUGUGGUGGUUGACAGGGAAUAAUGGGACCUCCCUGUUGGUGGUUGUAGGGGAUUGAGAUUUGUUUCUAAGAGCAUCUCCCUGAAAAUUUCCUUUUUGAUGAAGAGGGUUGGAAGCACUGUUAAUUUUGGAGGGUCUGUUAGCUAGCCUGUUGCUUUCCCAGCAGCAAUGUUAUGGGUGCUCCCUUGGCCAGGCUAGAGGGACAGGCAAGUUUCUUGGUAAUAGUGGGUCUGAGUAAGAUUUAGGCAAUGGAGAAGCUUCUGGAGAGGUCAUGCUAACAGUGCCAUGGUGUGGCUGUGCUUUCUGGGCUCCCCUUGUGCUGUGACCUGGUUCUUCCAGCCCCCUGGUGAUGCUGAGUGCCCGUAGUGUGGUCCCAGGGAUUGAUUCCCCUUGAUUUCCUCCUGGAGAGCUUUGGGAUGUCUGCGGUUUGCUCCACUGAGGAUCCCACUGCACCUCCCCACCCUGCGGGGUCCCCUUGCUGCCUCUUACAGGGAGGGUGGUGGUUGACAAGGUGGGCAUUGCAAUGCUGCCCACAGCCUCUGGCACUUCCUGGUGCUACCUUUGCCUUUCGUGUGAUGCCCAGCGUCCUUAACCGUGCCAGGCAGCCUGCCCGUCCUCCCUCGCCCCAGCCUGGCGAGGGGCAGAGCCGGGCUGGCCGACCCCAUCAAACCCUGCCUCGUAACAGGGAAAGGUGGGGAGAAGAAGCUGGGAAGCAUUUGCAGGACUCCUCUUGCUGGUGGUCUCGCCCAUGCUCCAAAAUGAGGUGAGAUAAAGAAGCAUCCCCUGCCCUGAGCCUGUGUUUCUGGGUGCUCCUGCUCUGCCCACUGCUGUCAGAGGCAGCUGGAGCAUGCAGGCUGAUCCCCCACCGCUGCAGCAAGGGGGUCCCUCCGUGCUCACAAUGCCUUUUCUCUUCAGUUUGGGGUUAAAAAAAGUGCAGCCUGGAAGUGUCCCCCUCAGCAGGAACCCUGUGUCACCCCCAGGGCUGGCCCCAGCCUGGGGACAGGGAGCAGGGGGAUGGAUGGUGGGACUCCCCCAGGCUCACCCGCUCCCAACCAAAGCGCACAACAAGCUGUCCUUUAAGAAAGCAGGGGGAGACCUAAGGCGGACCCAGCGAGAGGCAGAGAAUUCUAGCAGUUUAAAAAAAAUUAAAUGGGGAAUAAAAAAAAAAAAAAAAUCAAACACCAGAGUCCUGAUUCCCUUUCUGUGAUUGUUUCAGACUUGAAGCAACAGGCCAGCGCGGCUGGUCGAGCGCCCUUUGAUCGUGUAAAUAUCCUGCUAUUUCCUAUUUUAAUGUUCUUCAGAUUUAGUACUUGUAAAUAAACACACGCAUCAAGGAGAGAUUAAACAUUUUUGCUAAA